CUUUGUGUUCCUCAAAAAGUUUCCCUCGUUCGGUUCAUGAACUUAGAAGAUGACGUGGAGUGACGUCAUCCAGAGAAUGAUCUUCCUCUCCCUCACUGGACCUGGAGUUGUGGGGAAUGUCCUUGUACUUGUGAGAUAUGUAUGUACAUUAGUCAUGGGGUCUGAGAAAAAAUCUAUAGACCUUAUCCUCAUCCACUUGGCUGUUUCAAACAUACUCAUUAUUUGCACCACAGGGGUCAGAGACAUAACCACUGUCAUUUAUUUCAGUAACUUCCUAGGUGACAUUGGUUGCAAAGCUGUGAUUUACCUGAACAGGGUGGCUCGGAGCCUCUCCAUCUGCACCACCUGCCUCCUCAGUGUAGUCCAGGCCGUCACCAUCAGUCCCAGGACCACUUGGUGGAGGAAGCUCAAACCACACACUGCCUGGCAGCUUCUUCCCUACCUCCUCCUCUUCUGGGUCUUCAGUGUUCUUAUAAGUUCUAACCUGCUCUAUUACAUUUCAACAGUUGAUAGCAUGAACGGGUCUGGAGUUAGGACGUAUGAAGUUAGAACGUACAUUAGGUAUUGCUACAUGCUGCCAGCUGGGCGAAUAGUCAGGUGGCUUUUCCUCUCCCUCAUGGCCCUUCGGGACCUCACCUUUCAGAGUGCCAUGGGCUGGAGCAGUGGGCACAUGGCUCUCCGUCUGUACAAACAUCACAAGCGUGUCCUCUACCUCCAGAGCUCCAGGACUGCAAAACAUCCCAGCCCAGAGAUCAGAGCUACUCAGAGCACUCUUGUUCUCAUGACCUGUUUCCUCUUCUCCUAUUGGACAGACUUCAUUUUCUCCUUCUACAUAGGGUCCACAUUGACUGGGGAUUCCACAAUAUCCAAUAUCAAAAUACUUCUAGAACUGGGUUACGCCUGUCUCAGUCCCUUUGUGCUGACCAGCAGGGAUGUUCACUUUGCUGAAUGCUGGAGAGCUCGCUGA